UACAGCUGGAUUGGUCAUCAAACUCAAGGCCCACAUCUGAAUAUCACUCUCCGUCCAGCAGAGAGCGCUACAUUCAACUGCACAGCCAACAACACUGUCAGCAUGAACUGAAUCUGCUGUCACGGAUGCCUCGGUCAUCUAAACAUCUGAACAUGAACAUCUUUCGAGAGUCCUGCUGCUCCAUUUUAGGAGUUCUUCUGUUCUUCCUUCUCCAAGUGUCGUGUGCUGAUCCAGAUAUGGAGGUUGUGCACAAAGCUGUUGGAGACUCACUGGAAUUAACUGCUGAUUAUCCAAAAGAUGAUCUUGAAGUGAUGUGGAAAUAUAAUGGGACUGAAUUUGCUGAGUAUCAGAAUAAUAAUUUUAAAACUGAUAAACCUGAUGUAUUUCAUGAAAGGUUAAGGAUGAAUAAGGACAAUAUUAGUGUAACAGUAACAGACCUUAAAAUCAGAGAUUCUGGAAGCUUCUCUAUUAUUGCACUAGAAAAAUCUGGUCGACAACAUCCAACAAAAACCAUUGAGCUGCAUGUUCAUGAUCUCAUCACAGAUGUUCAGAUUGAGUACAAUGAUUCCUGGUCACAGUUAAACAAUAUCUGCACGUUUCAUCUUUGGUGUCUGGCAUCUGGUGAUCCAAAUCCCUCCUACAGCUGGACACAUCAUCAGGUCAAGACUCAAGGAUCACACCUGAAGAUCAGCCUCCGUCUAGCAGAGAACUCUACACUCACCUGCACAGUAAACAACACCAUCAGUGUCAAGAAUACUACUAAGACUGUAGUGUGCAAGAAAUCAGAUGAUUCAAAUAUGUCAUCAGGGUUCCGUCAGGAGUAUUUGCUGAUCGCGGUAGGAGUCUGUAUCGUCGUUAUCGUCAUAUUCAGCGCAACAGUCACUGUGUGCUGCAGGUGGCAGAGGAAUAAAGGACAAGGAGAAAGUGAAGCUGGUAUUACAGUCUAUGAAGACGUGAACGCAGAUGCCACUGCAAAGAAACGCUCUGAAAGCGUUAUUAACGGGAUGUCCAUAUAUGAAACGGUGGAUGACACAAAAAUCUCACAAAAAUUGCCUCAAACCCUGUAUGACAAAAUCAACUAUCAGCGUCACCCUGCGGUCAGUGCCAACACUUCCUCCCCUUACCAGGAAGUCCUGUGAGUGAGACACAGACGGUGCCAUGUCUCGUUUUGUCCUCUCAUUUCUGAAUCUGGUUAGCCAACCUCCAAUAUGUAUUACUGGCUGCAUCAGUUGACCUUUGAUCUCUUGCAUUAAAUGCACAGUGUAAAUGUAUCAUGUUGAAACACAUUUCAAAAGAGAGAAUUUUCUUUGCAUGCGCAGAAUUUACAACGCAAUAAUAUUACACAAUGCACACUAUUGCUCAAUAGUUUUGGGUCCGUAAGAUUUUUUUAAAGGUUUUAAAAGUCUUUUAUGCUCAGCAAGGCUGCAUUUAUUUAAUCAAAAAAAAAAAAAAACAGUAAAAAUAUUUAAAUAUUGUUUACAAUUUCAAAUAACUAUGUUAAAAUGUAAUUUAUUUAUGUGAUCAAAGCUGCAUUUUGAGCAUUAUUAUCACACAAUCCUUCAAAAAUUGCCCAAAAUGUUGAUUUGCUGUUCAAGAAGCAUUUCUAGUUAUUAUCAAUGUUAUAUUUUUGUGGAAACUGUGAUUUGCAUGAUUAUCUGAUAAAUGAGAAAUGCAUUUUAUUUGAAAUAGAAAUAUUAUGCAACAUUAUAAACGUCACUUUUGGUCAAUUUAAUGCAUCCUUGCUGAAUAAUACUAUCUUACCAUUCAUUUAAAAAAUCAUUGUUGAAUCCAAACUUUUGAAUGGUAAUGCAUUGGUAAUUCAUUAAAUACUUGGUUAGUUUUACUUAUAGAUAUGCAUUAAAAUCAAAAGUAAAGAGUAAGACCACAGACAGUAUAGUGAUGACUAAAAUCAUCUAACCUUCAGACGAAUGCGUGAAUGGCUCUUUGACAUGACUGUAGUAUUUAAGUUUUGAAAUUUUAUAUAGGCUAUUUAUUAUUAUUUUUUUUUUUUUUUAACAUAAUACAUUAUUCUGUCACACUCUACAGUGGUCUGUUCUACAAUUCUAGAGAAUCUGUAGCAUAACAAGAAAAAACAUGCAUUGUUUCUGCAUGUUUUAAUGGUAACAUGUUUUUAGCAUGUUCACAGAUUAAAUAUUGUAAUUGACCCAGUUAAACUCUUCCUGUGUCCUUGCUUUGGGAGGAAGAUUCAUAUCAUCAUGUAAUUUUGUCUGUGUAGGAGUAUGUAGGCUUUGCUAUCAGUCAGCUGCUCUCAGAUGUCAGAUUGCAGAUACAACAGAAAUCAAAGUCACUUUUUUAUUUUAUAUUUUUAUAUUUAUCACUGGCAGGCGUUUACUGAUUGGUCACUUUACAACUGAAAAUAAUAUCACUUUUUCCGUCAGCACCAUUAUUUCAUUAUUCAUCCAGCUGGGAUGAUUAAUAUUUCCAACUUAGUAGCAUGAUGCUUGACCUGCCACCUACUUCCUUAAAACUUAAACUAUAAAAUUGCAGUUGUCACUGUCACUCCCACACCCAAAACUUUCACACCCAUGAAGAUGUGGCAUUAAAAGAUGUGUACAUGUUAUAUUAAAUUUAACACUGAUGAAAACUGAGGGUUAGACUACAGGAUGGAUUGUAUCACAUAAUUUUCAAACCUUUUAAGGCUGUUUUAUGGAGAUUUUGUUGUUUUUUCAGAAAGACUUUUAUUAGCUAAACAAACUGUAUGCUGUCAAACAACAAUACAGCGUUGCUUUCAUUCAUAAAUAUGGCGCUAAACAGUGUUGGGUAAAGUUAUUUUUAAAAGUAAUGCAUUACAAUACUGCAUUACUCCCUAAAAAAGUAACUAAUUAUGUGGGACGUUACAUUUGCAUUACUUUUUAAAUCUGGACAGGGCUUACUUGUUUGUUUUUAAUAUAAAAGUUAUAUUUUUGGCCUUUCACAACAAAAGCCUCAGGCUGAAGGAAAAGUAAAUUCACGGCUGUACAGUAGAAAACAGAAGAAGAAAGUUCAGAACUUUUCACCAAUAAAAAAGAACAAAUGUUAGUUUAUCUUGAGUAACUUUUGCUUGUAUGGUUGAAUUGGAUCAUUGAAGGUCAGUGGCAAAGACACGGGUUAAUAAAUUGGGAUUAAAAAUAUAAAGGAUAUUUGUAUUAUGUAAAAA